AUGAACCUGGCCGGAUUCUCCUUUUUCUCGGGUAUAUGCACCAUGACCGCGGACUCCCUCCACUCGCCUAGCCAGGGGGCUAGUCCGGGCUCCCCCACUUUGCAGAGGGCCUCCCCGUCGGGCUGCAAAGUGGAGCCGCUGCUCAUCAAAGCGGAGCCCAGAAGCAGCCCGGCGGAGAGAGCAGCGGAGCAGCCGGUCGAGGAGCAGCCACCUGGCCCCGGCACAGGUGGUGGUGCGGGAGGCAGCGGCGGCCGUCGGAGGAAGCGCCCCGUGCAGCGCGGCAAGCCGCCGUAUUCCUACAUCGCGCUGAUCGCCAUGGCCAUAGCCAACGCGCCCGAUCGGCGGCUGACGCUGGGCGGCAUCUACAAGUUCAUCACGGAGCGCUUCCCUUUCUACCGGGAAAACCCCAAGAAGUGGCAGAACUCCAUCCGCCACAACCUGACCCUCAACGACUGCUUCGUGAAGAUCCCCCGCGAGCCGGGCCACCCGGGCAAGGGCAACUACUGGACGCUGGACCCGGCCGCCGAGGACAUGUUCGACAACGGCAGCUUCCUCCGGCGCAGGAAGCGCUUCAAGCGCACCGACCUCACCACCUACCCGGGCUACGUGCACAGCGCCAGCGCCUUCACCCCCAACCCGGGCCCCGUGGCCCGAGCGGGUCCCGGCUGCGGCGGCUCCGGAGGCGCCGCUUACCCGGGCGGCGGGGGCACCCUCUACUCCCCCGGCGGCGCCGCCGCCUACAGUGCGCAGCUGCCCGGCCUGCCGCAGUACCCCGGGGCGCCCCCGGCGCUGCCGCCGCGGAUGUUCAGCAUCGACAGCCUCAUUAGCUCCCAGCAGCAGCAGCAGCAGCAGCAGCAACAAGCAGCCGCGGCGGCGGCCCUGCAAGGCUCCCCGGUGGGGCCCGAGCUGUCUCACCACCCCUUGGGCCUCAACGGCGCUGGGGACCUGGGAAGCUGCCCCGGGAGCAACGUCGAGGCCUGUUUCCAGACGCAGCAGGUCAGCCCCGGCUUCCUGGGCCGACAGCCCCCGGCCAUGGCCUACCCGUACUCGACCUCGCCGCCCGCCCACCUGGCCUUGCCGCCCGGCGCCUAUUCGCCCCCCAGCGCGCAGCUCUACGGCGCCCCCAACAGGCUGGCCCUGCAGCCCGGACGGCCCGCCGCCUCUUCUUGCGCCGACCACGCCGAGCAGCUUUUGGGCCUGGCGGCCUCGCAGCUCAACGGGCUCGGGCAGUUCGGAGGCGCAGGCAACAACUCAUACAUGAGGCAGCCCAAUUUCCACUCCGGCCUGGAAAGGUACUUGUGA